AUGCUCGUGAUCGCCCCAAAAGCGAAAGGCAUCAAAAGCGUCAAAAAGUUGUUUAGUCUUGAAAUUGUAAAAAAGCCACUCUGCAUACAAGGUCACAUGAUAAUUAAUGCAAUGUUGUCACAGAGAUUACUUUGGGAUUUCAUCAGGGAAUUUCAUAUAAAGAUUCAUCAAAUUGAUCUCAACUCAAACUUUAAAUGCAUACAUGAAAAAUAUUUUGGAAGAAAAAGUUUCUUCAAUCAGCAAAAGAAUACAAGAAAAUUCAACUCGCAAAACAAUUAA